GUGAACCAACGUUGGCGGGAUGUAUCACUCGCUUAAAACUAACCUAGAUUUAUUUUGAUUCUGUCAAAUUUCAUCAUUAGCUAAAAUUUUACUUUCACUCUAACAAAGAACUUUCGCACCAGCAUAUUCUAAUCAAAGGGAAACGCAUAAUGGCGGGAAGCUGCGAGAAUGAUGUCGCUAUCAAGCACGAAGAGAAAGGUUCUGAUUCGAGCGGCAAAAAAGUGUUCAUCCCACGACAUAUAGGUUUACUUGGCGUCAUCGCCCAUACGGUUGGAGCUGUCAUAGGGACUGGUAUCUUCAUCUCUCCAACGGGUGUGUUGCGAGGAGCAGGAGGGUCGGUCGGUCUUGCUUUCAUCUUCUGGAUCGUUUGUGGCAUCAUCCAAACCUGCGGAUGCUUCAUAUACACAGAACUGGCGCUGAUGUUCCGCAAAUCAGGGGGUGAAUUUACUUUCAUGUUAGAGGGAUGGGGGCGAGCUGUCGGUUUCUUAAAGCUCUGGACCAUUGUGAUGGUUAAUGCGUCCUCUGUGGCGAUUCAGGCACACGUCGUUUCUCAAUAUCUCCUGACGCCAUUCUUUCAGUGUGUCGAUCCACCGGUUAUUAGUUUACGAUUCAUCAGUUUUUGCGCCAUUCUUGUACUUGUUUUCGUCAACUGUGUGAGCGCCAAUUUACCGACUCGCUUCGCAGGUUUCUUCACGGUGACGAAAACCUUUGGACUCCUGAUGGUGAUCAUGACUGGCAUCCAUAACCUUAUUCAAGGCAGGACAAUUUACCUCCAGAAUGCGUUUGAAGGUAGCAGCGUUGAUGUCAAGACUAUUCCUCUAGCCAUCUACUCAGGAAUGUUUGCCUUUGGAGGAUGGGAUGUAGUUAUGUCUUUCACAGAAGAGGUUAAACGACCUGAGAGAAAUAUUCCUUUAGGAGUGUCUUUAUCCAUGGCAACUAUAACUAUUCUCUAUAUCAUGGCCAAUAUUGCCUACUUUACUCUACUUUCACCACAAGAUGUGUUGCAGUCUGAAGCCGUGGCAGCGGAUUACAGUGUUCUAGCAUUAGGUAGAUGGUCUUGGCUAAUCUGGCUAUUUGUUGCACUAUCUGCCAUGGGUAAUCUCAACAGCAAUACAUGCAAACGAGGAAGGCAGGUCUUCGCGGCAUCUCGAGAGGGGCUUUUCCCGGAGAUCACUGCGAUGUUGAAUGUGAGAUACAACACACCCAUCCCGGCCAUUCUCACCCUACUUCUGAGUCUCGUCUACCUGAUGGAGACAAGGGUUCUAUCGCUUCUCAGGUACGUCAUGUUCAUCGAAACCAUAUUCGAUACCAUGACGGUGGCGGUGCUCCCCUACUUCCGGUGGAAGCAUCCUGAUCUAGAGAGACCUUUUAGGGCACCGUUGGUGAUGGUUGUUAUUUACAUGGUUGGUCAGAUCUUCAUCACAGGGAUGUCGUUCUAUUUGGAUCCAGUAAGGAAAUCUCUCGGCCUCUUCAUUGUCUUGAUUGGUCUUCCGGUUUAUUUCUUCUUUUUUCAUGAGCGAUUUAGACUGAAAUCCAUACAGCCUUACUCACAUAAAAUGACGAGAUUUCUUCAGAGACUAUUCAACUGCAUCCACCAAGAGAAGAAGACUUACUAACGAUCAUAUCACGUCUUAACACUGUAAUCUGGACCUGUAUAUACUGUAGAAAAUUAUGCAGUUUAUAAGUCGGAGAUUUAAAAAAAAAUACAACACACCUUCUUAAUAUGUUGCUUAGCUUAUUCGCCCCCCCCCCCCUAUGUGUUAUCUAGAGGAGUAUAUUAGCACAAUAGCUGGAUACUUUAACAUGUCUUUAAAAUUUAAAUGUGUAACUAUAACAGUUAAUGAGUAAAAGAAUAAUGACAAGUUAACUAUUUCACAAUUAUAUCACAGCUAUAUCCCCGGUAUAGCCUCACUUUCAUUAGGCGAUUUAAUACGGAAAUAGUAUUGCCUUUAACAAAAUUAUUAUUUGAAGAUAAGAUGUGAUCAACUUCACAUGUGAAAUCAUAUACACUAUCCUGGUAACAUAAAUAUAAUACUUGGACACACUUUUUCUUUAUUAUGCGAGCCUCAUGGAGCAAGUGAAAUAAUGUUAUCAUCACUAUCCAAGAAUUUUCAGCCGAAAUAACCUUUGAACUUAUUCCAGUGACCUGAAAUUUCAGUCCCGUAAUUGCUAUAACUUUACAAGUUUCAAAGAAUAUUGAAAAAAAAUAAUGAUCAAAGAGAUAGUUUGGACCUUCGGACUGCUAUGAUAAAAAUUAAUCAUAAACGAAUUGGAGCUCAAAUACAGGAAACCAAAAGUUUGUCAAACGACACGUUUAGGAUGGUUGAGAUGGGCGGCAUGCUAUCGUGUGUAAUGGCGGCGAUAUGUCAAUAAUUAUGAAGGGCUUACACGUUUAAUUUAGAAGAUCUGGAGUGAUUUUUCACCCCCUCCCCUUCUCCGAUGAUAAAGUAUACCAUGGAGAAUUGUGUUUGAGUUAUUUAUACACACGACUUUACGAAUCGCUUGCAUGCUUUUCUUUGCUACCAAAUCAGAUUCUCAAUCAGAUUGAUUCCCAUCAGCUGCAGGUGAAAUUUGAUCUUCAACUUGUAGUUAUUAACAAGUAUGGAAAAUGUAAUUUUUUUCUGAAACUGGGGAGGGUAAUAUACAUUCCCAAUAUGUUAAAAUGCGAAACUUAUGCGUAUGGCUUUAUGAAACAUCUCCCAGACCCCCCUUCGUUCGUUUUGUUUUUAGAUAAUUGACAUAUUUUAAUUAGAAAUAUUUGUCAAAUUCUAGAAAAUAAAACUUGUCUCCCGAAUAUAAUAAUACAUAUGCAAAUCCUUCUUAAGCCAUCCGAGAAUCAAUAUUAUUAAAAGAUCAAAUCAGACAAAUCAAAUAAUAGCCAGGUAAAACUUGCUUACAUACUUCAUUGUCAAGUUCAGUAUAAACAGUUGUAGUGAGGCCUAACCAGGUGCGGAUCCAGAAUUUCAGAAAGGGGAGGGGAGGGGGGGGGGCAGGAGAGCAAAAUGUUGAUCAAUAUCUCUGCUGGUGGUGGCCAGCCACGAAAAAAGGCAAACAAAUAAAACACAAAAGGGUGGAUUUCAUCUUUACUUUCUAUUAGGAGGUAGGGAGGGGCAUUUAUUUUCCAACUUACAAGGGGGUAAUAGUAUACCACUGUUUGCCUAAAAGGUAUGUCACAUUGUCACAUACCCCCCCCCCCCCCCCCCCCGUCACACCCUUGAUCCGCGCCUGUGCUUAAAGAGAACCUGUUUAAUAAAGCGCUGAGUUCUUUCGUAGCGGCGAUGGGAAUUUCUGAAUGACGCCGUAUCUUAUUAAAACCGCCCAACCCCAUUUUGUAAAAUCAGAUUUAUGUAGGCCUAUAUUUCGUACUUUUUCAACACGGACGUCGGGUAUGUAUAAUGUUUUUUAAUCUGUAUUUUGUAUAUUUCUUAAGUAAAUGAUAAUAAUAUGAACAGUGAGACUCAACAAUGAAAUUAAAUUGAACGAUAAAAUAA